AUGCCGUCUGACCCAAGAAGAAACGGAGAUGGGAGUUCCGAAGACUCAGAGAUCGUCGACUGGGACGGGCCAAGCGAUCCUGAGAAUCCGUUGAAUUGGCCUCAGCCACGGAAACGAGUCAAUCUCCUGCUCUUGUCAGUGUUGACGGUCAUAUCUCCUUUGGGCUCGUCAAUGUUUGCGCCAGGAGUCCCCAAAAUCAUGACCGAAUUCAACAACGACUCAUCCAUCCUAGCUACAUUCGUCGUGUCCAUUUACUUUCUCGGGUUCGCGUUUGGGCCACUCGUCGUAGCGCCCAUGAGCGAGGUAUACGGGCGAGUGUAUGUCUACCACGUGGGGAAUAUCGCCUUCACCAGCUUCAGUAUAGCUGCGGCAUGCAGCGUCAACAUAGGCAUGCUGAUGGCUUUCCGCUUCUUGAUGGGCCUAGUGGGUUGUGUGCCGACCACGAUCGGCGUUGGAAGCAUUGUUGACAUGAUUCCUCUCGAGAAGCGAGGGAGAGCAAUAUCCCUCUGGGCAGUCGGUCCGCUCCUCGGACCCUGCGUCGGACCGUUGGCUGGAGGAUAUCUCAUUGAGGCGGCCGGGUGGCGGUGGGUCUACGGGCUCCUCGCAAUAAUGGGCGGCAUCUUCAGCAUACUGGCGUUCUUGAUCAUGCGGGAAACCUAUGCGCCAGUUCUCCUUGCACGCAAAGCCAGCCGUUUGCGCAUCGAGAGCGGCAACUCUAUGCUUCGUGGCAAAUUUGAGACCAAGGGCAGCCAGCACAUCAAAAUGGCCCUGAAGAGACCCUUCAAGCUACUUCUCACGACUCCUUUGGUGAUAAUCGUUGCAUUGUUUGUCGGCAUCGUGUACGGCAUUCUUUAUCUGCUGAUCUCAACUUUUUCUUUCGUAUAUCCAGACCAGUACCAUUUUGACGAAGGCACCACUGGGCUCUCGUUUCUUCCCGCGGGAUUGGGCAUGCUGGUUGGGGUGCAGGCGUUCGGACAUAUUCAUGAUUACCUGGUCCGCCGUGCGCGGAAAGGCAUGGGCCCGGAUGAUGAAUAUCGGCCCGAGGUAAAAUUGAACCCGUGGUUGAUCGUCCCGACCGGUCUUACCUUGCCUAUUGGCCUCUUGAUCUACGGGUGGACAGCGCAAUAUCGGAUCCACUGGAUUGUACCAAUGUUAGGUGUUGUUGUCUUUUCAGCUGGACUGACUGGAACCACUGUCGACUCAUAUCCCAAAUUCGCCGCGUCCGUGUCGGCUGCCACCAUGCUUUUCCGAUCUCUUCUCGGCGCUCUGAUGCCUCUGGGAGGGUUAGACAUGUAUCAGAAGCUGGGCCUUGGUUGGGGUAACAGCCUUCUGGCAUUCAUUUGCCUAGUCUCUUCCCCAGUUCCGGUUCUGCUCUACUUUUAUGGGCCCAGACUUCGGCAGAGAUUCGACCCUGUACUUUAA